GCGUCUUCCAGAGGGCGGAGUUCAGCCCGCCUAGAGAAGCGCUGCAUGUGUGUGUUCGUUCAGUAGCCAGAGUAAAGCCCUGUGUGCAUGCGUUCGGUACCCAGAGUAGCCUAAAGCUCUACAUAUUUGCGUUCCCAACCAUCCACGACAAGGGAAACUUUUCGCUCAAGACACGCUGAACACGCGAUCUCCAGGGGAUCAAUAUGUGGGCCUGCAGUGUGCUGUUCUCCCUGCUGCUGGUGACCCUGGGGGUCAGCAAGGGGGCCCUCUCUCUGGCCCCUACCUACGGGGAGCGCGGCUCUGACCUGGGCCUGCGGGUCUUCCAGCAGGUGGCCCGUGCCCGGCCCCAAGAGAACUUGGUGCUCUCCCCCCACGGAGUGGCCUCCAUCCUGGGCAUGCUUCUCCCGGGAGCCGAUGGAGAAACACGAAGACAGAUCUUCACUGCCCUCCGCUAUAAGAAAAAUGGGCCUUACAAAAUGUUGAAGAAACUCCACAAGACCCUGACUGCCCGGUCCAACCAGGGGCAGGUGCUCAUCGCCAAUGCCCUCUUCAGCCAGAGGGAUUUCCCUAUGGACCAGGGCUUCAUGGCGACCAACAAGGCAAACUUCCAAUGUGAAAACGGUACUGUGGACUUCAGCAACCCCCAGGCAGCCGCAGACCGGAUCAACGGCUGGGUCAAUAAUAAGACCAAGGGUCACAUCCCCAGCCUGGUAAAGCCAGACAUGCUGGACCCGGCACUGACCCGCCUGCUAGCAGUCAACUCCAUCUACUUCAAGGGGAUGUGGAAGUCCCGCUUCCAGCCCGGGGACACCAAGAUGAGGAGCUUCAGCGGGGGCGACGGCACCGCCCACAAGGUCCCCAUGAUGUCCCAGCUCUCCGUCUACCCUAUCGGCCAGGCCAGCACGCCCCAGGGCCUAAAGUACAAGGUGGUGGAGCUUCCCUAUCACGGCAACACAGCCUCCAUGCUGAUCGUCCUGCCCACGGAGGAGGACACGCCCCUCUCUGAGGUGAUCCCCCACAUCAGCACGGCCACGGUCCAAAGCUGGGCACCGCUCAUGCACCAAAGGAAGGUCCACCUGUUCAUCCCCAAGUUCACGGCAGAGGCAGAGGUGGAUCUGAAGGCCCCGUUCUCAGCCCUUGGACUUACAGACAUGUUUGCUGAUGGCAAGGCUGACUUCAGACACCUCAGUUCUGAGCCUGUGCAUGUGUCUGCAGCACUGCAGAAGGCUAAAAUCGAGGUCAACGAGGAUGGGACGAAGGCAUCAGCUGCCACCACUGCCAUUUUGUUGGCGCGGUCCUCCCCUCCCUGGGUCAUUAUAGACAGACCUUUCCUCUUCUUGGUCCGACACAACCCAACCGGUACUAUUCUCUUUGCAGGCCAGAUAAACCAGCCGUGAGCCCACACGUCCAUGGCCACGUCUAGAAACCCAGGACACACACAGACGGCCUGGAGAUGAAUCAGAGCAUCAAAUGUUUUUGUUUUAAUAAUGCCUUUGUUACCUUUUUUGUAAUAUAUCACAUACCUUGUUGUGUGUUUUGUAACAACUAAACAUUUUCAAUAGUUACAAUUUCUUUGCUACUGUUUUUGAAUUCUUAGUAUUUGUGCUGAAAAUCAAAUAAUGCAUUUCAUUGGAAAUGGAGAUCACCAGUUUAUUUAAAGUUUUCCUGCUUCAAUUUGGGAAGUAUUCAGCGUGGGUCGUAUUAUUUGUCCUGAAGGUUAAGAUUCUGCCUUUUUUUUUUUUUUUUUUUUUUUAAAUGUGUCAAAUAUUGACACAUUUUAUAUUUAUUCCAUAGUAAAUACAUAUUUCUAACA